GUUCCCGUUCCGUUCUCCCCAUCUUCUGUAUACCGAUCUCUCUCUUAGUUCGGAUACUGCGUAGCCGAAGGUUCUCAUAUCAGAAAACGCCCCCGACGUUCUACGUCGCGUAAUGAUUAUCUCAUCUUUAUUAAGUUUCUUCAUCAUCGGCUCAAAUCCACCUGCUUCGAGUGUCGUCUCGAGUAUCUCAUUGAUCAUCUGAGCGUGAAGCCAAAGAUAAUUAAAAUUAAAAGAAAAAGAAGAAAAAAGGACAGAAAGCGGAUAACAAAAGAAUGAUUAAACCAUCGAAAAAGGGAAAAGAAAAAAUGUAACCUUAACGAAACCAAACUUGAUAACCAAAAUAUAAAAGAACGCCGAACUUAUAAUUGGGAGUGGUAUAUAAAUAUUAAGAAAAACGAAAGAAAAUAUGAAAAAUGAUGACAGUUGUGUACUCUGGAAAAACAAUUAAUAAUCGCAGUGCAUUGGUAAAGGUUUUCGCGAAAUAAACGGUGUGAAUAUAAAUACAUAUACAUAUAUAUAUAUGUGUGUAUAUUUAUACAAUUCUGGUACACGGAUGUAACAGAAAGGAACCUGUACCCCUCAAGGAUUUAAUUAUAAAACAAAUAAAGCCGAAAGAAUAGAAAAUAAAAGGAGAACAAAUUGUUAAAAGUGGCUGCCAAAAAAGAAGAAAUCAAAAUGAUGAAAAAGGACAAACCAAUGAUGUCGGUCACAGCCAUCAUUCGUCAGGGUGCACAAGCGCAGCAUUGGGCACGUGCCGGAAACCCUUGGCUGAGUCUCGACAACAGCAACCUGUCGAUGUCUUCCGUUGGACCUCAGAGUCCUCUGGAAAUGAAGCCUGACACUUCCAGUCUCUUGAACAGUGGAAAUUUCAGUCCUUCCGGACCCAACAGUCCAGGAUCGUUCAGUGUCGGAGGGCACAGCAGCUUGCUUAGUACUUCACCUGGAGCCCAGAGUAAGACAGGCGGUGCGGGAUCUCCGUAUCCACCAAAUCACCCUCUCUCAGGAAGCAAACACCUCUGUUCUAUCUGCGGAGAUCGUGCCAGUGGGAAACACUAUGGAGUUUAUAGCUGUGAAGGCUGUAAAGGUUUCUUCAAGCGCACGGUACGCAAGGAUCUUUCAUACGCAUGCAGAGAAGAGAAGUCGUGUAUAAUUGACAAAAGGCAAAGAAAUCGCUGUCAGUAUUGCCGGUAUCAAAAAUGUUUGGCAAUGGGUAUGAAACGAGAAGCUGUACAAGAGGAAAGACAGCGUACCAAGGAAAGAGAUCAAAGCGAAGUUGGAAGCACGAGCAGUUUGCACACGGAUAUGCCAGUCGAGCGCAUACUCGAGGCAGAAAAAAGAGUGGAAUGUAAACCAGAGCACCAAGGAAAUUACGAGAAUGCCGUAACUAAUAUUUGCAACGCUACGGACAAGCAGUUGGUUCAACUGGUCGAAUGGGCGAAGCAUAUUCCUCAUUUUACAUCUCUCCCUAUCGCGGACCAAGUGCGUCUUUUGAGAGCUGGGUGGAACGAGCUUCUCAUAGCUGCAUUUUCUCAUCGAUCAAUCGACGUCAAAGAUGGAAUCGUCCUUGCGACAGGGUUAACGGUGCAUAGGGAUUCUGCACGUCAAGCAGGAGUGGGCACAAUAUUUGAACGAGUGCUUACAGAAUUAGUGGCUAAAAUGAGAGAAAUGAAAAUGGAUAAAACGGAGCUUGGUUGUUUGCGGUCAAUCAUUCUCUUCAAUCCAGAUGUUCGCGAUUUGAUAUCGAAAAAAGAGGUCGAACUACUUAGAGAAAAGGUUUAUGCCGCGUUAGAGGAGUAUACCAGAGCUGCCAGGCCCGAUGAACCUGGCAGGUUUGCCAAGCUUCUUCUAAGACUACCUUCAUUACGCUCGAUAAGUUUGAAAUGCCUGGAACAUCUAUUUUUCUUUAGGUUAAUAGGAGACGUACCUAUCGAUACUUUUCUCGAAGAAAUGUUGGAGUCUCCAUCAGAUCCUUAGGAAGAGGAGGUGUGUCGCAUUUUGGGGCACGCCGACAUGUGACUUCUGACGCAUUCGAAUUUUAUGCGAAUAAUACUAAUUCGUUUAUUAGGUAACUCAUAAUUUCUUUCUGUUUUUCAUUGAAUUUUAUUCAUAUUUUAUUACUUUCAUGUAAUGUUAUAACAACCAAUGCCUCGUUUGUUGAUCGUUUUGAAUCCAGUUACACAUACACACGCGCGCGCACACAUGCAUCCAUCCACCCACACACACACACACACACCCCGAAUGUGUCAGGAAAAGCAUGUGUAAGUUGUAAACCAUAGGAGGUAAAUGUUUAAUUGAACGUAUGCAAAUUGCUUUUUGUAAAUUUAAGCGUAGUUUUUUGAAAAUUUAUAAUUGCGUUUUAUAAUAACAGUAAUAUAUUAUGUGUACAGUAAAUCGAUAUUGGGAGUAGAAAUUUGAGCGGGUCAAAAUUGGGACAAAAGUGAUAUACACGGUGCUAUAUUCUAUUCUGAAAUGUAGGCGUUAAGAUUUUAAAGUUGUCAAACAAAACGAGAUGUUGACAUUUUUGCGCUUAACUUUAUGUUGGUGUUUAUCUAAGACAUAUCUCGAUUCAAGAAUGUUGUCGGUUGUUUUUUUAUUACCGAUGAACAUCCAACUAUGGCUUACAAUUUCACACUCCUUAUUAGUCGGGAAGCCCUGCAAGACUUAAUUAUAAAAAUUCAUAGUUUUAUAAAUAAUUUAAAUAUCACAAGAAACUGUUAUUUGUUUUUCUUUUCUUUUUUUUUCUCUAAAUUCAACGCCGAGAAAAAUAAGCCGCCCCUCUCCCCUCCACAUCUGUUAUGGAAUAAUGUUCCUAAAAUAGUUUUUAUUGUCACAAUUUUAAUUAAUAUCCCAAACCUCCUCACCCCUUUUAUCCCAAUCCUUCACAUAAUCGUCGCGACGCGACGCCGAUAGAUAGAUAUAUUUAUUGUUAAUUUAUGCAUUCUUUAUUUUGAUUCGAAAAGAAAAUACCGUCGAAUUAUAUUUACGCUGAAUGAAAAAAAAAAAAAAAAAAAAAACAGUGAACUCCAUAUUUCCGAACAUAGAGGAUUUCAGUAAUUUAUUUAUUUAUUUUUUGUUUUUCAAAUUAUUAUUUUACUUUGGUUUUCUCUAUGCAUAAUACGCACUAUAUAUCGAGAGAAGAUCUGAAACAUAAUACUAAUAAAUUUAAACAACUCUGCCGAGUAACAAUCUCAAAUAUCUUCACAAUCGUUGAAAAUUUUCAAACUCUUUCCUUUUUCUUUUUUAAUAAUAUACACUUAGUUUUAGGGAUCACGUAGUGGUGAAAAGUCUUUAGAGAAAUUUUAUGUUUAAAUGUAUCUGCGAAAUUGCGAUUCAUAUAAUGUGAGAUAUGGAUAGUCUACAAAAUCUGAUCUAGUAACAAAAUUUAUAGCCGAUAUUGUAAUAUACUCUGGGAUUAUUGUGAAUCAGACUCAACAAAACUUUUAAGGAACUUUUAAAUAAAUUUCGAUUAUUGUUUUACUCGUCGAUCAGGUAAAUGAGUGGAAAAGAAUGCCGUAAAAUUGGACAGAGUUCGCAUUACCAAAUUAAACAAAUAGUUAUCAUUUCGUUACCAUGUAUAUAAAGAUAAAAGAAAAUUGUAUCAUCGUUGAGCAUUUUUUUCUACUCUCAAAUUGGUCGACGAUAAAUAUUUAUUAGACACAUCUAUUGAAAAAAAUAAUCAUUUUAUCAAACAUUGGUGGAUGAUCAUACUUAUUACGAUAUAUACAUAAAUUAUGACAAUUAAUAUUAAUGCAUUGAUAAAAAAAAAUAUUUCUAUUUUCGCGUGAUUGCCUACGAUUGUUAGCUGUUGGUUAUUGUUAUCUACUUUACGAGAGUAUUCGCUGUUAAUGCUUAUGCGAUAAGAGUCUAAACGAUUCGUAUGCUAAAAUGAUUUUUUUUUCUAAUUUUAUUCUAUUCUCAUCGUACUAAUGCAAAGUUGGGAUUCGCUCGAAGUAAAUACCAAAAUUGAAAACGAAUCAAAUUCAACAAGAUUCAAAUAUACAGAUAUGUUUUUUCUGAAUAAUUGAAUUUAACCCAUCGUCAGUGCUGACUUAUGUGGUUAAUUUUAUGUAGGAAAUAAGUAUAGAAAUAUUUUGGUGUUGUUAAAAGGCAGAAAAACCUCUAAAUCAAGUAAAUAUCGUAUAUUAUUAAUGUGUAUUUCGGAAUGAGGUACCAAGUUAAUUCAUAGUCUUAUACCAACUAUGGUCGGUUUAUCGUUGAAGAGUUUUGUUUUAUGUCAAAAUUAUCGUCUCAAUAUUUUAUAUUGUGCUUUGUAUAUUUUGCUGCUUGUAUAAUAUCAGAAUAACUUCAACAAUUAUUAUUAUGAAAAGCAAUACAGCAUAACGAAAAGAAAAAGAAAUUCGUAUUUUGUAUAAAAGUUAUAAUUCCGUUGAAAUUCUUAUUUUCGUCUUUCUUUUUUUAAAGGAGAAUUGUGAUCGUUGGCAAAUUGAUAGAAGCGUCGUGUAGGGUGCGAAUGUUGUUACCUGUGGAUAGAGUUUCAUAUUUAAAUAAAAUUAUAUACGUGUUACAAUAAAACAAACAAACAAAAGUAUCUAUAUUUCUAAAUUAAAUCUUUUUUUUUCAAUGAACGGUACGAGUUACGAAAAAAAAAACCUCAGUAGCGGUCAGUAGAAUAGUUUUUUAAACUUUGUUUAUUAUUAAUAAUGUCUAUUUACAUCGUAAAUUAUACUCCGCGAUCCGAUGUUAGGUAUUAUGUGUAUAUGAUAAAAAAUGUAACAUUAAAUAACUAAUCCCACUAAUGAUAUUGAAAUGUCAGAUAAUUGAUGUUUUUUUUUGUUGUUGUUUUUGGUUGCGGAUUUAAAAACAAUCAGCUAUGGCUUGGAAAAAAAAGGUCGUAUUUACUCUAAUACUAUGUAUAUGCUUUUGCCAUAUCGUUUUGAUAACAAAUAUAAAUAAGCACACAUAUAGAAAUGGUUAAAUACGAUGCUCAAAUUGUGUAUAGGUGUUACGUUCACUAGCAGCAAUGUUUUAAUAUUAAAAAUGUAGUUAGAAUUGUAUUUCAAGUAUUUUCACCAUAUACAUAUAAUUGUUGCACCUUGCAAUUAAACGAAAAUUUUUUACAUUGUUAUUAUCCAGAAUUGAACUAGGUAUUUUUAGAUGGCAAUUAGAUAAUUUAUUGAAUUAAUUAUCCACGGUAAUGAGAUAAUUUAGAAAAUUUUAGGAACCCAAACUUUGGAACCAAGCAUCCGUUUUUUUUUUUUUUCAUCUUGUUUGUCAAUCAUUAUAGCUUUGAUCAGGGAAGGGAUGGGGGGUUGGGGUAUUGAAUUUUAAAUAAUAAAUCUACGACGUCUUACAUUACAAAUAAGUUACAAAAAAUUGCAACGCAACUAUAACUUUCAAUAUAUAACUAGAUCAGUACAAAUGAGUUGUAACAAUAAAUGGUCUUGCUAAUUUGAAGCAAGUCUCAUCCCACUUAAUAAUCAGUAGCGAUUUCUCCUACUAACUACCGUACCUUCACAAGAGCUAAGCUAAUAAAUUUUAAGUGCCAGAGUACUAAUUAUCUCAAUCUAAAUGUCGUACAAUACUUAUAAUUAAAUAUAUAUAAAUAUAUGUAAAUAUAUAAACAUAUGUUUAUAUAUACUAUAUAAUGAUAUAACUAUGUGUCGUAUACGUAUUUCAACAUAUUUACGAAGAUUACCUGUACAACCACAGCUAGUUUAUGUAGGUAUAUCGACAUUCUACAUUCUGUAAUAUCGGCUCAGGAACGCGUGUAUAGUCUAAGAAUUGACGAGGAAUUAUUCAUUGAUCAUAGUGUAGAAACCAUUUUUCCCUUUGAAAGAAAAGAAAAUAAAUAAACAAAUAAGUGAAUAAAUAAAUAAAUAGAUACGACGUAUUUUUUAAGCUGAAAAAAAAUUAUGAUACCGGUAUAACGUGUUUGUUCAGCAAAACAUAAAAACAGCAAUGGAUAUUCAAAAAAUAUGAGUCUUUCUGUGCAAAUCGGUAUAAAAGUAGCUCUUAAAAAUUAACAUUCCAGAUGUACACGAGCUAAGUAGUUCUCAUACUUUAAAACAAUCCCCCAGUGCACAGCAAUGGUUUUUGAUGAAAGUUAAAUCUUCAAGAUAGCUGAAUUUUUCUCACUUUCUUCCUCACCUUAUUUAUUUGAAGUAGUCUCUGAAUUCUGUCGUUAAUUCACCUUUAAGGUUGAGAAUUUCUUAUAAAAAGAAAUGCGAUUCGUUCUUUUCUUCACCAGGGAACAGUAUUGAAUUCAGCUACCUAAAGAUUCGUUUUUCCUCACCGAGCGUUUAUCGGAUAUGAAAUAAACUAUCAAGUCUAUAAUUUAGGAUAAAAUAAUGAAUAGAAAUAAUUUCAUUUUAUUACUUAUAAAAUAUAUGAUUAUGAAGAAGCAGAAAUAUGUACAGAACAUUACUACAGACAUAUACGCUUUUGUAACCGUAAAUAUUUUCAAUGAUGGAGCGAUGGAACAAAAAAAUUAAUGAACGAAAAAACACGCAAGGAUUUAAAAUGUCAUUGUAACAAUAGUAGAUGUUUUGUAAAGAGUAAUAGUAAUAUAUUAUUGAGAAAAGGUAAAGAAACAGAGUUAAACCAGGAAAAAAGCUAUACGGAAGACAAUUGUAAAUACGAAGCUAGAAAUAUUUUUCAGUGUACUCUGUAACACUAAAUGAUUUAUCAUUUUCUGAAAAAGAAAAAAAAAAACGUUGAUGGAAGAUGUAAUGGGUAACGCGAAGAUAUAGAUCGUUUAUUCCGAUUUGUCUAAAUAUAAUAUUUUUACGAAA